AUGCGUGGCCAGCGAAGUGGUGCAGCAAAGCGCGUAACUGGGGCGAACAAGCGCUGCCAUGAAAAUGUUGUGCAUUCUCGCGCUCCUCGCACGUCUACGGAGGCCCUCAGCCGGGCCAGCAAACCAGCAGACGUGGGAACCGCGCAGUGGGAGCGAGCCGCCGCGACGUGGGCCUUCGCUGUCAGUGAUGCCGUAUUGCCAAAUAUAAGGUCGCAUUCCCCUCUCGCCGGCUUCCCUGCACCAGACGCAGACCAAGGCAUCGGCCGGCGGCACAGAAGGAUCACGACCUGCAGUCAUCCGGGCUUUGGUCUGCGUGCGUUGUCGACAACACCACAGCGCUUCCAGCACUGCCGCAAUGCAUCUCCAUUUGCUAACGCUGCUGCGGGAAUCGAGCCGUGCCGCACCCUCGCAUCUAGCCUGACGUCCAACGGCCCGUUUCGGGAACAUCGACAAACACGUUCCGGCUCAUCGCCUCUGGACGCGCCAUGUGUUCCAGUGGCUUGCGCUGCUAAGGUUGCACGAACAGCGUCCAUUUCUCCGACAUCCGGCACUCCAUCGUUACACAAAACGCGGAGCCCUCCCGCAUAUCUGAGCACUUACCCCAUCCUUCUGAAUCAUCGCUGCACCCCACGGGAAGCCCGCCGAGCCCGAUAA